UCCGGAGAGAGAGAGAGAGAGAGAGAGAGAGAGAGAGCAUCUGCGGUCCAGACAGCGCGGUGCCAUCGAUAAUACACACCGAGGGCAAGAAGAGGAUACCAGCAGCGCCUCUGACAAACAGCAUCAGCAGUCAUGAAGUUCUUGGUGGUGCUCGUUGGAGCAGGCACCCUGGCCUUUCUCGGCGCGGUCAUCUGCAUCAUCGCCAGUGUUUAUCCCCGGAAAAGCGCCGCGCCUCUCAGCGACAACGGCACUCUGACAUCGGAGACGCUAAUCCAGCCCCUGGAGUCCGGAUCCGUGGCUCACGCCGGGCCGCUGGGCGCCCUUCACGGCUCCGAGUCCUACGGGAACGGGCUCGGCGGCAUCGGGCUCGAGGUUCCCACUCUGAACGAGUUCAAGCUGGGGGAGGAAACCGGAGGAGGGUCUGCCAAACAGUUCAGCUUCAGCCGGUUGAUCUGCACACCUGUACCUGUGGGUGAAUGCAAGACGAAAGAUCUGCGGCAGCGGCGGGAUAAGCAGCAGCAGGCAGCAGCAGCGGACGACCCGUAUGCGGCCGGGGAUGAAGACUCCUCGAAUUAUCUCCGGACCACCGCCGAGGAGCUCCGGCAGACGGUCCUGCAGCAAAACGACCAAAUCCUCAUGGAUCACAGGACGAUCCGGGAGCUGACGGGGAAGCUGAGUGAGUGUGAGAGCGGCUUGGAGGAUGAUAGGAACGUCCCGGAGCGCAGCGUUGGGGUUUGGAGCGGGAAUCGCCGCGUCAUGGCCGGGGAUGAGGUGAGCUCCUCGAACGCGGCGCAGCUCCAGACGGCAAGGGCUGUGGAGGAGCUGGCCCGUGCCAUCAUGGACCUGAAGGACCGCAUUGAAAAACUCGAGGCAGAGAUCGGCCCUGCUGCCUUGAACCUCACAGAUGCACCCGUGGGUACAGGCAGCAGCAGCCCAGUCGGAAGCACUGGCAAGGCUCCUUCUCCACCCACUGACAGUGCUUCCUCCCCACCUGUGGCAGCCCCUCCAGGAGGCCGCCGUCCCGCCUCCCCUGCUCCCCCCGCCCCCAAGCCCCCUUCCAAGACCACCCCUGGACGUGGAAAGGGCACCUGGAGGGUGGAGGACCUGGAGGGGGAGCUGGAGCGGAAGAUAAAGAUGCUGGAGAAGGAGCGUCAAGCCAUGAGGAAAGAGACGCACGGCCAACACGAGAAAAUCAACCAGGGCAUUGACACCGUCAGCCACCGCGUCACUGAGUUGGAACACACACUGACAGAGCCACCUUUCCCAGAUGGCUUUGUCCUCUCCUUCCCUAUGCGGACCAACUAUAUGUAUGGCCUGGUGAGGAAAGAGAUCACAGAGAUGUAUGCCUUCACUGCCUGUGUGUGGUUGAAGGCUAAAGAGGGUGGCAUUGGGACCCCCUUUUCAUACUCAGUGCCAGGGCAGCCGAACGAGCUGGUGCUGCUGCAAGGAGUCCACAAUCCUGUGGAGCUGCUCAUCAAUGACAAGGUGGCGCAGCUGCCUCUUUCCCUACCACAGGACGAGUGGCAACAUAUCUGCGUCAGUUGGACCCUGAGGGAUGGGGUGUGGAAGGCCUACCAAGGGGGGAAGAUGAAGGGGAGGGGAGAGGGACUGGCUGCAUGGCAUCCCAUUAAACCAGGAGGAGUCCUAAUACUUGGACAAGAACAGGAUACAUUGGGCGGGCAUUUUGAUGCCUCCCAGGCCCUGGUCGGGGAGCUCUCCCAGUUCAACCUGUGGGAUCGGGUGUUAAAGCCAGCCGAAGUGGCCGCCCUUGCUGAAUGCAGCUCCUCAGCGCUAGGGAACAUCGCCCCCUGGACUGACCAUGAUGUAGAUGUGUACGGUGGUGCCACCAAGGAGUCCCUGGACCCCUGCCAUGCUGCUCAGAGAUCCAACCCAUCAAACUCCAAACAGUGAAGGGUGACUGGAAGAGAUCAGCCAAUAGUGGUCGUGUUCCAUAGGUCAAUUUAGGAGACAAUUUAGAAGAUGUACAACAAUGUAUCACAUUGGGGCUUAAGUAUUUUGUCAUGAAUGGGAAGCUUACUGGUGGACAGAAAUAUAUCACGGAGCUUAUAAGAGUAAGUUAUAUUUGUUUUGUUGUAAGUGUUGGUGUCCACACUUAACUUCUGCAGUGAGAUACAAUAAGUUUAGACACUGAAUCACAUUAGUUAAGGCAGCAUGGGUGGAUCAACUUGUGGCAUGAACAGGGCUUUUAUAGAAGCCCUUCAUGAUAGUUAAAGCAUUGGCUCCGAUUAGGUACCACCUGUUGUCUUAUUGGUUACUAUCUGCUGGACCAAUGAACUAAAAAAUGGUCAUUCAGGCUGAGAGCUUUGAAAGGUUUUAAGAAAUUACAGAAUGUACCUUUAUAGCAUUACCAAGGGUUUCUUAACUGUACUACAGAGUGAAAAACAGUUUUGUCAUGUGUCCAAUUGGUUGUGUUUAACGCUAAAAAGGAAGGUUCGAGAAGCUAUCAUGUUAUAUGGAUUUCAGCACUCAAUGGAAAACAAAAUAAGUUUUGUUGUAACUGUAAUUGAUCAUGUUGAGAAAUGUCUGUGUACUUUGAUUACUUUUUUUUUUUACAUUGCUUACCAUGAUGUGGUAAAACAGUGGUCUUAUAAGUGUUUAUUGUGUAAUAUAUCUUUGCUAAUGUUGCUCUGUGCCAGUCUGCUCCUCAUGCUGUAGCCUCUCACAACACUCACAGUCGUGCAAAGUUGAUUUGGAGAAUAUCCUAACACUCAAACCUGUAUGAGUUUGAAAACAUGUGUUAUAACCCGGUAAACAAGAUGCAGUGUAAGCGUAAUUGCAUGAGGAAAGUCACAUUUCCUGUCACAGGAGAAACAAACUCAAAAUGUGUAGCUUACACCCGACAGUCUGAAACACACAAAUGUCUGUGUGGUGAAUCAGAUCUUGAAUGGAAGGGAGAGAGGUGUUGGAAUUAUGUUGAUGCUUAACAUUGGAUGCUGUAUUGUUAAAGGUAAACAAAAAAAAAGUUUGGCUAACUAAACCACACACAUAAUAUGCAGAUACGUUUAUAAAAAGAUAGAAAUCAUCAAAUAAAUUAUCAGGAUAGUUUAAAUAACAUUAAGUGAGUGUUGCCAAAAACUCCUUCUGAUUCUAGCCAUCCAUACUUCUUAUCUCUAACCGCCCUGGUUAAAAAAGGCCACACAAGGGGCUAUCUUAAAGACAUUAAAGAAUGAGGCAUCUUUUAAGUAUUAGACAUCUGGAGGGUUAAAGUAAUGCACAAAAUAUAAAAUAUUUCCUAAAGAUUUAUCUAUAUUGAAUGAGGGCAAAGGUAAAAGUGUCUAAAUCAAAAGUUGCAUUUACACCUAUAAUCCACAAUUUUAGUUCUAGGAACUAGUUCCAGAGGAACUAAAAAGAUCCUGUUGAUGUCUCUGGUUUCACUGCAGCCUUAAAACCUGCCAAGAUUGGGAAAAGUAGCUUGUUAAUGUAUUAAAAGCACCAGUUGAUUAUACCUUACUGUCACUUUUUAGCUUGAAACUAAAACUGGGACUCAAAUGGUGUAGACUUAGUCUGGAACUUUAUUCAUACCCUGGUUUCUGCACUAAAAGAAACCGAGUUCCUUAAAAGGUUCCUAGUCCAGGUAGGAGGAAAGGUCCUGCAGUAGAAACGGAGCUAAAGUCAACAAGAACAGCGACUGCAUGAUUUUUAACCCCAAGCCAAGUUACUAUCAUAGCGAUCAUCUAUCAUCUGUUUGGGUCUGUGGUUUUACACAAUGUGCUUUGUCUUUUUAUUCCAGCAAAACAGGGCACCUACUGUCAGGGGUGAGGGUUUCAUUCCCACUUUGACCAACCACACUUAACAUGUAUCCAGUCAUCACUGUGCAUUAAAUUAAACACAGUCAUUAUAGUCUGUCCAUUUAAUACCUCAAUACAUCAGCCCUCAUGCUAUCUGACACCCAUUUGUAAAGUGCCUGCCUGGGCUCCAAUGCCCACCGAUGAUAGUGAAAUGAUUCUGUUUUUCUUCUGUGUUGUCUCUGUCUUCUCCUUUUCUCUGUCAAAAUCUCUCUCUCUCUCUCUCUCUCUCUCUCUCUCUCUCUCUCUCUCUCUCUCUCUCUCUCUCUCUCUCUCUCUCUGUCUCUGUCUCUCUUGCUUUUGGUUCAGCAAUGCUGUGAAAGUAAUGCGCUUGUUCUUAUUUGCAUCUUCAUGGAACUUCUAUGAUAUUGUGAAAUAGGUGGAAUAAAAAAUAUAUAUAAAAAUUGAAUGUUUAACAACA